AUGUCAGUGACGGAGUAUGAGAACAGGUUCAUCUCACUCUCCCGUUUUGCUCCAGAAGUGGUGAGAGAUGAAGCUAACAAGACUCGGAAGUUUGUCUCGGGUCUUAAUGAUCGAAUGAGGCCAUUGAUCACGGCACAGUUUAUUAAGGUACCACAAGGACGUGUUUUUGCACUGGCACAGACCGAUGCAUCUUCUGGACCGUCAGUUCUUCGAGUUAAGUUGAUAAGACAGAGGUUACUUACAGCUCAAAGCCGACAGAAGAGCUAUGCGGAUAAGCGGAGACGACCGUUAUCCUUUGAGGUGGGAGACCACGUUUUUCUACGGGUUUCUCCACGGAAGGGAUUGAUGAGAUUCGGAAAAAGUGGCAAGUUGUCGCCACGAUUUAUUGGACCGUUUGAGAUUUUGGACCGAGUAGGAGAGGUUGCCUACAGGCUUGCUUUACCACCACAGAUGGACAGAGUUCACAAUGUCUUUCAUGUAUCGAUGUUACGAAAGUACGAGCGGGAUCCAUCUCACAUUUUGAGUUGGGUUGAUGUGGAUAUUGAUGAGGAUGUUUCCUACGAGGAAGGACCAGUUCAGAUUCUUGACACACAGCAGAAGGUGUUGAGGAACAAGACAAUACCAAUAGUGAAAGUCCUUUGGAAACACUACGGAGUCGAGGAGGCUACUUGGGGGCUUGAACAGGAGGUUCGGUCCAAGUAUCCAGCUUUGUUUUCUUCCUCAGAUGAACAGGGAGGGGUCUUUAACGCCACUGGAGAUGGCAUUGAGAGCCUUACGCAUAGGAAUCUGGUGGUCGCGGCAGUGGUCGGAGGCAGUCCAAAGGUAUUUCCCAUUGAAUCAGAGCUUGACGUGCCUUGA